UUUUAUCUCUAUUUUCACCUUCCUAAUCCUUAUACUACUGCUUCCCGUUCCCAACCGUUUAAGCUAACUCCCAGCGCUUGGUCUGAGGAUUGCGGGGAUGGAGCCAAAGGACUUCACCGGCGGCAAGGUUUCCGGCAGAAGAAGAGGCGGCUGGAUCAGCUGCUUCUUCAUUGCAGGGGCAAUGAUAGGAUUCCAACUCUCCAAUGGAGGCUGGAUGUCGAACUUGAUUGUGUAUCUGACGGAGGAAUUCAAUGUGAAGAGCAUAGAUGCAGCUCAGCUUUCAAGUAUUAUCAGUGCUUUGGCCUUUCUUACUCCGGUGAUCGGGGCAAUCAUCGCUGACUCCUUAUUCAGCUGCUUCUCCGUCAUUUUCGCCUGUUCCCUCAUCUCGUUGCUGGGAACUGUUCUUUUAUUCUUAACAGCAACUGUCAAUUCCUUGAAACCCCAAUCCUGUGAAGUUGGAUGGAUGCCAUGCAAACCUCCAUCAGGAAUCCAGUUUGCAGUUCUGUAUGGAGGAAUUGUUCUUGGAGCUGUGGGGUUCGGUGGGUUAAAUUCAGUUAUAGCAACUUUUGGAGCAGCCCAACUAGAGGAGGGGCAUGACAGGGGAUCUUUCUUUAGUUGGUUUUUUUUCAUUUUGUGCAGUUCUUCGGUUAUAAGUGGCACUGCCAUUGUCUAUAUUGAGGAUAACGUGGGUUGGGGAUGGGGUUUUGGCAUAUGCGUGGCAACCCAUUUGAUUGGUUUGGCCAUAUUCUUGUCAAGAACCCAAUACUACCAUCAGAUUAGGCCACAAGGGAGUCCGUUUGCUAGCUUGGCUCAUGUUAUUGUUGCAUCAAUUCGCAAGUGGAAUGUCAGGAUAUCUUCAAAAGGGGAGGAUUACUACCAUGGGGGUGAUGACGAAGCUCUGAAUUUGUUGCCAUCAACACCUUCAACAGAAUUCCGGUGCUUGAACCGUGCAGCGCUCAAGACUGAAGGUGACACCAAACCUGAUGGCUCAAUUGCCAAACCUUGGAGGUUAAGCACAGUGCAACAAGUGGAAGACCUCAAAACUCUGAUUAGAAUUUUCCCACUGUGGACAACUGGUCUUUUCCUAUGCAUCCCAAUAGCAGUCCAAAUGGGCUUGACGAUCCUCCAAGUCCUAACAAUGGACCGCCACCUCGGCCCCAAUUUCAUAAUACCAGCGGGGUCCUUCACAGUCCUUUCCUACAUUUCUAUCACCAUUUUCCUGCCCAUUGUCCAGAAAAUCGUUACUCCCCUCUGGGAAAAACUGAGCCACCGGCAUCCACCAAGCCUCCAACGAGUUGGAGUAGGGCACUUGCUCACCGCGGCUAGCAUGGCAGUGGCUGCCCUGGUUGAAUCAAGGCGGCUGAGUAUAGCCCAUUCCCUACACUUGGAAGACAAACCCAACUCCAUUGUCCCCAUGUCUGCCUGGUGGCUUGUCCCGCAGGUGGCCCUGGUUGGCUUUGGACAAGCUUUCCAUUACCCUGGACUGGUUGAAUUUUACUUCCAAGAAUUCCCGGCAUCUCUGAAAAGCACAGCAACAGCAAUGAACUCGGUAACUAUCGCGAUUUCAUACUACUUGACCUCAGCUUUGCUGGAUGUGUUUAAGAAGAGUACACCUUGGUUGCCGGAUGAUAUUAACAUGGGAAGGCUAGACAUUGUGUACUGGAUAAUGGCUGUGACUGCAGUGGUAAACUUUGGCUACUAUCUUACAUGUUCCAUGCUAUACAAGUAUCGGAAUCUGCAGAGGAAUGAUGGCCAUCCAGAAGCAGAGUAAGAAGAUGACAGGUGAUUCUGGCGCUACCAAGUAAUCGACAUGGAAUAAUAGGGAGGCAAGACACAUACACUGCCUUAGUUUCGUUCUUAUGCCUGUAAACGGAAACUAAUUGCCUUGAAUAAUUAUAUUAUCUCCCUUUCCUUUCCCCCAUAGCUUGGCAUGUUUCAAUUUUUGUACAUAAUCGGUCCGAACCCAAAUUAAAAGGAAAAAAAAAAAGAAGGGAAAUUUAUGUUAGAUAGCCAAUAACUAUAGUAAAAGUUGUGGGAUCAAAUAACAUGACCCCACUUAAUAUAAUAAAUGCUUUAUAUAUGUUCUUGUA